UUUAGACCUUCAGAGUGAGGACAUUUUUGGAAAGUGAGGACAUUUUGGCCAGUCCUCUCUUUUUAGACGGAUCUUCAAAGGCCUGUUUGAGAGUUCAAACUUGGUUUUAAGGUCCAGGUUAGAAUUAGGUUUAGGUUAGGAUUAGUGUAAGGGUUAGUGUCAGGCAUUUAGUUGUGAUGGUUAAGGUUAGGGUAAGGGGCUAGGGAAUGCAUUACGUCAAUGAGGGUCCUCACUAAGAUAGAAGUACACGGCUGUGUGUGUGUGUGUGUGUGUGUGUGUCUGUGUUGGUGCUAUUGUGUGCCAGGCUUCUGAAUGAAGUCAUUAGAGAAGCUGCAUUUUAAUGAGCUCAUUAAUGUAAUGCCUGUUUCCUCCAGCAGCUCAACAUAGAACUAUAACAAACCCAAACCUCUCCAAACCAUCAGCCAACAUAAGGAGACAAAGAAGAUGCUGUAAAGAUGGGGCUCUACAGGUUGGGGUGCUGAUGCUGAGAGGCUGCAGGCUGGCUGGGGGGUCUGGAUGCUCCUGAUUGGUCAGACUGCGUGGAGGGGGCGGAUCCUGUGACGUCACCGCCAGGCUGCUCGGCUGCGUCAGAGUCCAGCUGAGCUGAAGGAAGAAGGAAACCAGAGGAAUAAAAAGAGGCAGAAGAGGCUGUUGAAAGGCCGAGGAGACAGAGGACGGACAGAGAGACAGUGAGGACAGACCUGUGUCGUGUCUACACCACAGAGAGACAUGGAGGGCUCCACGGAGGAAGACCACAAAGAGAAACUAUUAUGGAACGUGAAACGAGAGGUGAAGCAAAUUAUGGAGGAAGCCGUGACUAAGAAAUUUGUCCACGAAGACAGCAGCCACAUCAUCGCUCUGUGCACUGCCAUCGAGGCCUGCCUGGGACACCUGCUGAAGAGACGGGCAGCUGGUUUUCUCCGCAGUGACAAGAUCGCCGCCCUUUUCACCAAAAUUGGCAAAGUCUUCGACACGGCUGGCGAGAUUUGCCGUAAAGUGCAAGAGCAGCUCCAGCAGCAGGCUGAGCUCACCAGGAGAACCCAGAGUGUGAGCCAUGAGCCUCUGAGGAGACAGGGAUCCUCCACCACCAGCCGCCCCCCUCAGCCCCUCUCCGCCCAGGCCAUCAAACACAUCUGGGUCCGAACGGCUCUCUUUGAGAAAGUUCUGGACAAGAUAGUGCAGUACAUUGUGGACAACUCCAGUAAAUACUAUGAGAGGGACGCUCUGAUGCAUGACUGCGUCUUCGGGCCCAUCUUGGCAGCCCUACUGGUGGGGCCCUGUGCUCUGGAAUACAGCAAACUGAAGACGUCAGAUCAUUUCUGGACUGACCCCUCAGCUAACGAGCUAGUUCAGCGCCACCGGAUCCACGGGGCCCACCGAGGCCAAGACACCUCGGGUGGCCGCCGGCCUGCUCUGGGGAUCCGCAAGAGGCAAUCCAGUGGCAGCAUGUCAGACGACAGGUUUGCUGCAUCAGCGAGGGAGUAUGUGGAGUCUCUUCACCAAAACUCCAGAACACACCUUCUCUACGGCAAAAACAACGUCCUGGUGCAACCGAAGAAGGACAUGGAGGUGUUGCGGGGCUACUUGUCACUCCACCAGGCCGGCGAUAACCUCACCCUGAAGUGGACACCCAACCAACUCAUCAACGGCACGCUGGGAGACUGUGACCUGGAGAAGAGUAUCUACUGGGACUAUGCACUGACUGUCCCUCUACGCCAGAUAGUCUGUAUCCACUGUCACCAACGCCCUGAUUGUGGUGGUACACUGGUUCUGGUCAGUCAGGAUGGGAUCCAGCGGCCGCCUCUCCACUUCCCCCCAGGUGGUCACCUCCUGGCCUUCCUCUCCUGUCUGGAAACAGGCCUCUUACCGCGGGGUCAGCUAGAGCCCCCCCUCUGGUCCCAGAAAGGCAAGGGAAAAGUGUUUCCCAAACUGAGGAAGAGGAGCAGUACUGCCAGGCUCAUUGACCAGGACGGGAACGGUGAGGAGCGGACGGCCGCUGACUACGUGUUUCGCAUCGUCUACCCUGGAUACCGCUACGAUGCCACAGUCACUAUAAACUACCACCACACCACGGGCAGCCGCGCUCCGUCGCUGGACGAUGACGAGGAAGAGGAAGAUAGGCUCCAUGCUAUGAUCUCAAUGAUCUGCUCGCGGAACCUCACAGACCCUAAUGUCAUGAAAGACCACGGGGAGAUGAUGGAGAUGCAGGGUUUCGGAGGCAGCCCGUCGUCGUGGCAACAGGCCGAUGGAACCACUCUCGAAUCGCUGUGCCUGUCCUGCUCAGCGGCUGGCAGCAACGUGUCGUUCGACUACCCUGCCGGCUGCACCUGCAUACACAACCCAUCAGACAUUCACACUAUUCCUCUCAAGAUGCUCUGCCAGAACAUGAAGAGGCAGAUAGUCUCCAGAGCCUUUUAUGGAUGGCUGGCCUACUGUCGACACCUGUCCACUGUGCGGACUCAUCUGUCCGCUCUCGUCAACCACAACAUAGUCCCUCCAGACAGACCCUCCGAGGCGUCCGGGGGCCUCAGCAAAGAGGUGUGGAGCAAGUACCAGAAAGACUGCAAGGUGAGCAGAGAGAACUAUAAGGAGCUGGAGCUGCUGAGGCUGGUUUAUUAUGGCGGAGUGCAGCAUGACAUCAGGAAGGAGGUCUGGCCUUUCCUGCUUGGACACUACAAGUUUGGCAUGGGCAAAAAGGACAUGAGCCAGAUUGAUGCAAAGAUCACGGAGCGCUACCAGCAGGUGAUGCGGGAGUGGAAGGCCUGUGAGGUGAUUGUCAAGCAGAGGGAAAAGGAGAUGCAGUCGGCCAUCUUUGCCAAGCUCUCCUCAGGCAGCAGCAUCGACAGUCACGUCCUGCGACUCGUUCACAGAGACUCUACACUCAGCAACGAGGUGUUUAUGUCGGUGGAUGAGCCGGAUGCAGGGAGCCAGGAGACCCCCAGUGGAGAGGGCAGUACCCCCACCAUGACCACCCUAGUUCCCCCUGCAGCCCUUCCUCCAGAGGAGCGACCUCUAGUGGAGUUCGACUCCCCCGACUCGGGUCUCCCCUCCUCCAGAAACUACUCAGUGACCUCUGCACAUUCCCAGAUCCUGUCCAGUAUAGACGACGGUCAGAGCACCGAGGAGGAAGGGGGGGGUGGGGAGGAGGGCAGGACUUCGGGUGUGCUGGGGGGGCGUCAGGACUCUCUGACUGAGGACAGGCUGUGCAGUCAGCUGGACAAACUGGUGACCAAUGAAGCAGCUGCAGAGGGGAUAUCACCUUCACUCUCCUCAUAUACGAUCGAGCUGUUGGACACAGUCGCCCUCAACCUCCACCGGAUAGACAAAGAUGUGCAGCGCUGCGACCGCAACUAUUAUUACUUCACCCCAGCCAACCUGGAGAAACUACGCAACAUCAUGUGCAGCUACGUGUGGGAGCAUUUAGAGAUCGGCUACGUUCAGGGCAUGUGCGACCUGCUCGCUCCGCUCAUGGUCAUCCUGGAUGAUGAGUGCCUGGCCUACAGCUGUUUCACUCAGCUAAUGAAGAGGAUGACUCAGAACUUCCCUAACGGCGGAGCCAUGGACACACACUUUGCCAACAUGAGGUCACUGAUCCAGAUCCUGGACUCGGAGCUGUUUGAACUGAUGCAGCAGAAUGGAGAUUACACUCACUUCUACUUCUGUUACCGCUGGUUCCUGCUGGACUUCAAGAGAGAGCUCCUGUACGAGGAUGUGUUUGCGGUGUGGGAGGUGAUCUGGGUGGCUCCCAGGAUUUCCUCGAGGCACUUUGUACUCUUUCUGGCCUUGGCCUUCGUCACAGUUUACCGUGACAUCAUCAUGGACAACAACAUGGACUUCACUGACAUUAUUAAGUUCUUCAAUGAGAUGGCUGAGCGUCAUGAUGUCCAACAUAUCUUGAAGAUAGCACGUGAGCUGGUGCACAAAGUACAGUCUCUGAUGGACAACAAGUGACUAUAGAGGAGGAGGAGGAGGACGAGGAGGACGAGGAAUGGGAGGAUGCAGAGCGAGAGGGUCCGACUACAGGACACUCAGCUCUUCCUCUCAUCCCUCAGAGAGACCGAGUGUUUCCAGGCCUCCACCUAUCCAGAGCAGGUCCGGGGAGUCCAGGUCUCCUCCCUGCCCAGAUGAAGGUCCUCGCAGCGCUGCUGGAGUGGCUCGGCUCUGGAGCUCGGCCUCGAUCUGUUUACAUUUACCUUCACAUGGAAUGCCCAUGGUGUCCGUUCAGACAUGUGGAUUUGUCUGCAUGCUUGUGAGUUUGAUCACACUGUGAACACAUUCUUGAGUCUCCCCAGUCCUGCAGUGCAUGGAAACACACACACACACACACACACACACACACAAACACACACACACUCCGAAACAGCAUUGGUUCUAUCAAUACUCCAGUUUUCUAGAGUGUCACCCUUUUCCUGACUGGUAUUGGAUGAUUGUCAGGAAGCUGAAGCGUUCUCAGUGUGAUGUAACGCCAGCAGAGGCCACUAGAGUGCAGGAUUAUACAACAAUACAACAUUGUCAGAGGAGCAGAAGAUAUAGCCACGAAGAAGUUUUCAUUAGUGACCAAAUGGACUGUGCCAACUACCUUUUCAUGAGUGUUUUCUACAACAAGCAUGUGUGUUUAUACCCCCCCUUUUUUUCCCUUUUUGUCCAAGAGUUCAUUAUCACACAAACGUUGCCUUUAUCAGUAACAGCCCAGGGCACUUAGUUGCACUUUUUGUGAGGCUUUCCUUCCUGGUGCCUGUGAAGGCCUCACAGAGUUGGUGGGGGCCAGAGGCUCCACAUGAGGCCAAACUGCUGAGAAAACUCAGGAUGAAUUGCAGCCAACUUUCCUGAGCAUGUUAGUCACUGGUUAACGCGUGUUUAAUCCUUGUUUCAAGCCCGAAGGAACAUGGUAGCAGAGCACAACAGUGAAGACAAAAGCACACAAGCCUUCCUCCUUACUUUAAUAUCAAAUCUCUAUUUUGUAGUAUGGAUGAUCAGAGCUACCGCUGGGGAUGCUGAGGUCAUGGCUUUGGUAAUAUUUCUGGGUAUUUGGGGCAUUUAAUGACCAGAGGAGGAAUUAACAGUCUAUGAUUACACACGUGUUACACAUGUCAGGUUUCAAGGCUGAUAUGUUUUAGAAUAAAUAUCUUAAAAUGUCACAAUUUUUAAGCAAAACAUUUAAUUAAAAUAAAGUGAUUUAGUAUUACCCAAAACAUUUUAGACCACUAUGUUGGGAUAAUACAAAUUUAUAACUUUUAAACAUAACUUAAAAUAAAUUGUGAUUUUUUUUUUUUUAUCUCCAACCUUCAGAAAUGUUUGAAACUGUGAAGAGUUUUUGGCUAAUCAAAGAUUUCUAAAGCCUGCCUACGGCCAUGAUUCAGUUGGCUUCUGCGAGGUUGGCUGAAGUUUCCAAGGACACGGAGCUGAGAAACACACUGCCUGAAGGACACAUUGAAAAGAGGAAACUGUCCAAUAAAUCCAGUAUUAUAGAUUUGUGGCUGGUAAGAAGAAGUAGACACACCCAGCUGAGAGAAAGAGGGUAUAAGAAAAUUAAACAUGAUUAAGAAACACCUUUGAGAAUGGAAAGAAAGUAACAGAUCUGUUUUAUUUACCUGUUUCUAAAGGUGGAUAUUCCUUUCACAAAAAGGCUGGCAUUAUUCUACAUUUUUUGUUAUUGUGAACAAAUCCCAUGGAAAGACCAAACUUUUCCAACUCUCAGCCUCAUGCCCAUUGGUUCCUACUAAAGACGUUCAUCUCUAAAACUCGGUCUCAAAUACAUAGUUUCAUUAAAAAAAAAAAGCUCUGUAAUUUACUAAAACAGCUGGCCACCAUAGUUUUUUAGCAAACUUUUACACAAACAAAAAUAAAUAGUGAAUUUGUUGGGGACUAUUUUCAGUGGCGGAUUAAUAUGCAUUUGCUGUACUUAGUAUUUACAGUUUUAAAAUGAGUCCUCUCUGGGAAUAUAUCACCUUUCUCCCUGGAUUUCUUGCCAUCAAUGAGGUUUGGUUUUAGAAACAGACUUUUUGUGAAGAAUUUAGUGAUAUUAUUCUUUAAUAUUUGUAAGAUAAUGUGGUAAUAUUAGAGCAAUUCCUCUUAAAGGUACAUCUUUAAAGGAGGAAUAUAUCAGUCCUACAGAAUGGUUUGAUUCUCUGUCUUUGACCUGAGGUUAUUACUGCCUCAGAGGGGAGGAGGGGAUGUCCAUGGCGUUGAACAUGCAGCAUGUUGUUGCACUGAUUUGAAGAAUGGGAUCAGUGUUCUUGGACAUUUAGUUGAAACAUGAAGGCGGUCUUCUGCACUCAGUGCCAGUAAUCCAGUAAUAAGCCAGUAAUCAACCCUAAGCAGAACUAUGUAUGAUGGGUGUAUGGUAAUGAAGGACCAUGUCACCCAGGGCAACAGCGUGGAUCACUGAUGUAUUUUUGAUCAGUGUGUUUCAUUGGGGAUAUUUUUGAACAAAGUGCACAGAGGAAUGAGAUAUAUAGGAUGUAAGGCUACACACACAAUACUUGUUAAUAGAUACAAUUAUUGCUGGUUGGGUCUUUUCAUGGGAUUUGUUUACAAAAAGAAAAAUAUAAAUAUUACCAGCCUUGUCCUUUACACGAAUCCAUGUUUCCUUCGGAACUAGAGACAAACAUGCUCGCUGAUCUGAAGGCAGUACUGUCAGGAAAAGUGGUUGCAAUUGUCCAUGAGGAACCUGAUUCUCUUCCUGCCUCUGCAAAUAAAACCUGCUUGGACUCAGUUGGUCUAAAUAACAAGUCUGUGGUCUGAGAAGAAGCUGCUCUUAAUGCCAAACGUUCUCUAGUGUUCAGUGAAUCAGUAUUAGGGUUGGUUUCAGCUUCACAGUAACAGCACAGAGUACAUUCAUGUUUGUAUCUGAAGGGAAUCUGGGAAAUUUUUGAUACCGUUUUCCAAUCCCCGACGUCCGUGUGACCCUUUAUCACCAACCCUCCUCGUCUCCUUAAAAUGUCCAACACGGCUGCAUACGAUUGGUCAUCCAGCACGGACCUGCACCUGUGAUUCAAGUGCCAAGAGUCUUCCCCAAUCCUGAAGUGUACUGUAGUCAUCCGGCUCUCUGGCUCGCUAGUUUGAUCCAAGGAACGGGCGGUGGUGCGGCUGUACCUCGCUACGGCCUCUCCCCCUCCACCACGGCGACGAAAGAGGGUCGCCAGGGGAAACCGGGGCCCGUAGCAGAGCUUUUUCUUCCAAUCAGGACAUUGUGUACCAAAGCCUUGAAACAGCCCCCUCUGUGGCAUGACGACAAUGUGCAAUUUCAUACUGCAUCUUGAAGACUGACUGUUUACUAUAUGUGUGUAAAAUAUUUUUGAAAAUGGUGAUCUUGGAUUCUUUAACUACUGUGCAAUUUCUGUUGUUUGAGAAAAAUCCAUCAACGUCUAUAUUGCUGUAAAUACGAACCGAAAGCCCAAUAUUUCUAAGACAGUCGGAACAUAUAUAUAUAUAUAUAACUUAUUUUGAGAUCUAUUUUUAUGUUGGUUUUAGCAGCACUAGUUGGAGGUGUAUACUGUGCAGAGAUGCAGAAUGUGUGCAGACUAUGUUACACGUUGACUGUUAGGUGUUCUUUCUCAAUGUUGUGCACUGAAUUCAAAUUUCUAUUUAUUUAGAGAGCCAAUGAUUGCAUUGCUGAAUAUGUAUUGGUAAGGAUGUAUCAUUUGCCUUGAAUGUAAUGUAUUAUUAAACAAGAGGUUGUUCAUUAGUGGGCUGCUCUCUUUCCUUUUAACUCUU